GCUCGGAACAAUGUAUACAGUAGAGACUUCGACUUCUAAUUGCACCAGGAAACAAGAAACAGAAACGGCAUUUUUUCUCGCAUACCGUGUGCAGCUUUGCGUAGUUCGCUAGCCGAUGGGCGCCCAUAAUAUGAUGGGGUGCGCGACCCCUUGCCUUUCUGGGAAAGCGCCCGUCCAGGCUGGAGCGACCGCCUACAUAGCCGUUCGGUCGUGUGCCUGCAGCCCGUCUCCCGUAAACCUUCCCGUCCACGCCGUCCACCGCAGCGAGCGCACCCCGUCCAUCCGUCCGUCCGUGACGCCGCCCGCCCGCCCACCGUCUACCGCCGCUACCCCGCAUCCCCCCGUUGCAUGCACAGACGCGCGUACAGCCCUCCCAGGCUAAUAACAAUAACACCCCUCGUAUAGCAUACGCUCCCUUGCCCCGGUCGCGCCAUGAUCGACUCCUCCUCGCCGCCCGCACCCGCGAGCCCGUACCUCCUCUCGAUGGCCGAGCCCCUAACCGACCCCGCACCCGCCGACGUGGUAGCUGAGCGGCCGCCCACCGCCGCCCGAUCGUUGCCCGUCGCCGCACCGACCUCGGCGGUGCCGCCACCGGGUGCGGACCUAUCCAUCCAGGACCUGCUGCGUGCCGUAUUGUGGAAGGCAUCCCCGCAUCCCACCUCGACAGGACCGUCGAGGAAGCACCGAUCAAGAACCUCCAGGAGGUGCGCGCCCCUCUGUAACCGUGCUCUCACCGCUCAUCUCUGACGCUGGGAAACAUGACACAGCUCGAAGUGGCCGAGGCCCAGCUCUCCCGUGCCCUCUCCCUCCUACGCUGUCACUACAACUUCGGCCUCGCCGUCGACCGUCUGCUACCGGAGCUGCUCGUCCAAGUAUUCGAGUUCGUCAUCCAGGACCCCGAGCUCCCCGAUGCGAGCUACAGCGGACGGAUGAAGGCGCUGAACAAGCUCGCGUCCGUCUCGCGUGCAUGGCGCGCCGCCGCGCUCGGCUGCGCCUCCUUCUGGACCACCAUCGACUCGGCGUACCCGGAGACGUCGCAGCUGUGUCUGGAGAGGAGCAAGGAGACGCUGCUCGAGAUUCAUGUGGACGGGGAUACGGCCCACGGGCUGCAGGUGGCGGAAGCGUUGAUCGACGCCGUGCCGAGGUUUAGGCGGUUGAGGGUGAGGGACCUCGAGCUGCAGCCGGAGGGCGAGGACGAUGCUUUGCGGAAGCUACUGACGAACCCCGGGCCCGUGCCGCACCUCGAGAGCUUGGUCGUUCGGACUUCCGAAGUGCCUGUCCUGCCCGCCAAGCUCUUCGGAGGCCACACACCGAAUCUCAGCGUGGUCUGCCUGAGCGGGUGCUAUUUCCCGAUAGACAGCAUCUCCACCACGGCGCUGCGAAAUCUGCAUAUACUCAGCAUCAACCUGAAGUUGGACUGGGUGCUCGACGUCCUGCGCUCAUCGCCUGUGCUCGAAGAGUUCCUCUUCCAGUCUGCCAAGAUCGAGGAGCCGCGCCAUCCCAUUCCCGACGGCACGCUCGUUCACAUGCCCAACUGCCGGGUAUUCAACAUCGAGGAUAAGGCCAUGUACUCGAUGAUCCCCGACCUCCUCACGUACAUAUCCCUCCCCAAAACGUCGUGCUUGUACGUGCACCUCGGCGUCACGCAGCCCCGUCGGUUCGCGAACAUCCUCCCGCCUAAGAGGACGCGCUGCUUCGAGAGCCUGACCGGGAUCACCCACCUCCGCGUGCGCGACUCGGGCAGCGGCGACAUGAUCCGCUUCUCCGGACAGUCUCACGAUGUUCCCUUCGAGGUCCAAGUGGACCUCGGUGACCAGGACGACAUCGAUUUCGUCGAGGCGGGCGAGGACGUGUUCCGCUUCCUCGCCACGCUGGAUCUGGACCUGGUCGAGGAGCUCGAGAUCGACCUGGACCUCAAAGGCGCCCACACCUUCGUCGACGACUGGCGCAAGCUGCUCAGACAGAUGCCCGCACUACACACGCUAUACCUGGGCGAGGCCGGACACAGUCAUUCCAUCCUCACCGUGCUCUCCGAGCUGGACGAAACUUCGCGCGCGUUCCUCUGCCCGAACCUGCAGACGCUGUACAUGGGCAAAGACACCUCCUGGUCGCCUCUGGACAUCUACCUGUUCGUGCAGGAACGUGCCCGGAACGGGCUCACGAUCCGCAGGAUAUGUCUCCGGGUGCGGCAGUAUCGGGCGGACAACGACAGCGACACGGAGGACGACCUGGAGGAGGUCCCAACCUUCAUACGGAAGCGGGACCUGACCGUGCUCCGGGGCGUGGUGGAGAGCGUGGAGAUGGUGCCGUGGGUGACGCCCCGGAGGAGGGACUGCGAUCGCAUCGACAGGGUCAUGUUGGAGUUGCCGGAGAUACCCGCACCGGAUCGCACGUUUUGUUUCUGAAUACGCCGCAGACGCUUUUUUGAGCCAUCGCAGCGGCAGACUAACGACAUACUGACUAACGCCUUCCUCAUAUUAGAUUUGUGUACAUCGUGUUUUCGUGCUUCACGUUUUCGCAUCGUUCGAUGACAACCACCCUCUGAUUAGGUUACUCUGCAUUUGUACAAUAUCAUGCUUGCACUAUGGAUACACAUCUUGUCUAAC